GAUUGUAGCUCCCAAGGCCUUCCAGAAGCUUGAUACUUUUUUCGGGCAUUAGUUUCACGCUGUUCUCGAUUAAAGUCUUCAGAGGGGUGAAAUUGUAGAGAAAAGUAUGACUUCCAGCGUAGAAAACGAUCCAGAUGCUUUGAAGAUUUGCCCAUAUGACCCGGUCCACAAAGUGAAGGCAAAGAGAUUUCCUUACCAUUUGGAGAAAUGUCGAAAGCAAUAUGCAAGUGCAGGAUGGACACAGUGCCCCUUUUUUGCUCGACAUGAAAUUCGUGUUGAGGAGUUAGAAUAUCACAUUUCCAUUUGUGAAUACAAGGACAUGAUCAGACAAGACAUUGAGGAAGUUUACCUUCAGUCAAUAGUGGAGGAGAAGAGAUUACAACAACCACAGCCAACCCAAGCAGUAUUACCUGAUGAAACUGAGGAUUGGGAAAUAGACGCUGAUAGGCAACCAUUUUCAAUCCUUGCUCCUGAGCCACAAGCUGACUCUACUGAUGGAUAUGACGUUUUGCAGGUGAUUCAAGUUGUACAAGCCCAGGCUCAUGCUAAACCUAAACUUAUGGAGACCUCAGGCAUGACAGCCGCACAGAAGAAAAACUUUAAAAGAGCACAGAAAAGACAUGAACGACGAGAAGCUGAAAGGGCCAAUCAAGAACCUGAAAUGACAAAUGAAGAGAGGGUACAGGCCUUAGCAAAACAGUACAGUUUACUUAGCACUUCAGGUAGUUUCAUUGACUUUGUCAGUAUCCUGAAUCUAUACUGUCAAAAAAACAAAAUCAAUCUACCCAAAUACAGUGAAGCACCUGGAGUUGAUGGAGGCUUUGGGGCACAAUGUUUUGUGAAGGGUCAGAUAUUUAAAUCCAUGAAGUACUGUUCAACUAAGAAAGAAGCGCGUCAUGAUGCUGCCAUGCAUGCUGUGCUGGGUCUCAACAUUCCUGUGGUUGACCCAACACCCAACAAACCGAUGGCUGUAAGAAGUGCCACUGACCAUCAGAAGCUCAGAGAAACUCAUGAGUUACAGCUUCUAAAAGAGGCAGGGCAGGCACCACCCAAAGGGAGGGGCAGACCAACUGUGCAGCAGUCUGUGCGUUCCUUUUCCACCCAAGCUACUGGUCCACCCAUGUCACAGCAACCACCACAGAAUAUGGCAGCUAAUAGGUUUACUGAGGUUACUGGGCUAACAGAAGGAACAGAAAAUGAUAAGUGGACAACCAUAGGUGGGAAAGGGUUGAAGAAUCCAGUCUAUCAGCAUUCCCUUAAAAUGGCAGGGCGCGGAAGGGGUAUGUCAAGGCGGUGACAAAUAUCAACUAUGGCAUCUCAUUGGCAGAGACUGAAAUCCUGAGCAACGGAUUCUUCUGUCCUCCCUUCAAUAACUGUUGUUUCGACUAGGGAGUAAGGUUGUAGUUCCUUGAUCUGUCAUGCAUUAUUCCCACAAUUCUCUCAAGGUGGGUGUGCUAGACCUUUGUUCCACUAGAAAAGAAGAUUAAAGAUAUUUGUCAUGCAUUAUUCCCACAAUUCUCCAAGGUGGGUGUGCUAGACCUUUGUUCCACUAGAAAGAUUGCCUCCACUUUGAGAGAUUCCCCAGAGAUAAGUUAGGGCAAGCUGUGUUAAAAGCCCUUCUGUUGUGUUAUUUAAAUAAGAUAGUUGCCAAUAAGUACUGAAGUUGGUAAUCUCUGUUGCAUAUAAGGUUAGAACAGUUUUUAGCAUUUUUUUCUCAAGUAUGGAAAAUUUUUUAUUUUAGGGUAUAUAAAGAUUUGACAAUGAUAAUUUUUAAGUAAUGGGACAAAGGGCAAAAUUCUGUUUUCUGUUUAAACAAUAGAAAGAAAACUAAUUUUUAUGAGAGAAAUCUUUUUAUGUCAGAUAUGUAAGAAAGCAUGACUGAAGGUCUACAGGUUUUUCCAAAAGUAAUUUGAAAAGAGUUUAAUCAUAGAAUAGUCCAGUUCAAUUCAGAAAAUUGUCCAAAUGCCCAUAUUCAUAAAUACUGAUAUGCUAACAGCUUUGGGGUCAUUUAAUUUCAUUCAGAUCAAUAUAUGAAAUAAUUUCAGUUUAAUUUUAUACUUGUUGAGUUUGAGUAUUGAUAAACAAUGAGAGUAUCCUUAUUUAGUAUUUUAGAAAUUGAACAAAUAACCGAAGUGUUUGUAAAUAAAAUUUUUUUUACUGCU